AUGGACGCAUAUGAAGUGUUAGGACAUCUUGGUCAAGGAUCAUUCGGAUCAGUAUCAAAAAUUAGAAGAAAGGAAGAUGGUAGAAUUAUGGUUUGGAAAGAGAUUUGCUAUGGUGAGAUGAAAGAGAAAGAAAAGCAAUUAUUGGUUAACGAAGUCAAUAUUCUCCAAAAGUUGAGACAUCCAAACAUUGUAAGAUACUACGACAGAAUCAUUGAUAAACACUCCACCAAGAUUUACAUUAUCAUGGAAUACUGUACAGGUGGUGAUCUUUCACAAUUGAUUUCCAAAUGCAAAAGUGAUCGUAUUUUCAUUGAGGAAGAAGUAAUUUGGAGAACUUUGGUCCAAAUUUUAUCUGCACUCCACGAAAUUCACAAUAGAAAAGACGGUGUCAUCCUUCAUCGUGACAUUAAGCCAGGCAAUUUAUUCCUGGACGAGAGUAGAAAUGUAAAGCUCGGUGACUUUGGUCUUGCCAAGAUCCUCACCAACUCGAUGCACGCCCACACUUUUGUCGGUACUCCACACUAUAUGAGUCCGGAGCAGAUCACUGGUAAAUACAACGACAAGUCCGACGUCUGGUCAGUUGGAUGUCUCGUCUACGAGAUGGCCACCCACCGUCCACCCUUUUACGACGCCACCACUCACAAUCAACUCUAUGAGAAGAUCCGUGACGGUCGUUACAUCCCAAUCUCCGACCACUACUCAACCGAACUAGCACAAGUCAUUUCAACAAUGUUGAAUGUUAACAUGACCAAACGUCCAACUGUAGAAGAGUUGUUCUCAUUCCCACCAAUUGCUUUUAGAUUAAAAGAAAGAAAGUUAAAUCAAUAUUAUCAAAAUUUAAAGUCAAUGGAAGAGGAUCUAAAGAAUAAAGAAAAGUUGUUGAUCGAACGUGAAAAAGCUGUUGCCGCUAAGGAACAAGAAAUCUUGGCAAAAGAACAGAUUCUAAUGGCAAAGGAACAACAGAUGAAUGGUACUGGUGUAAAUAAUGUAAUAUUACAACAACAACAAAUAUUAUUACAACAACAAGAUAAAGAAAACAAUCAAAAUAGAAUGAAUAUUGCAUACAACAAUAACACUCAACCAACUAUGCUAACUAAACAACAUUCACAGUUACCAACAACUCAACACACACAACAAACACAAUUCACUCAACUAAAGAGAACAUACACAACACCAAUUAACUUUAAGUAG